CCCAGCCACACUCUCAGGUCUGGAGGAGGACGUUUCAGUGUUGUUUUUUUUUUAUUAUUAUUAUUAUUUCUUUAUCACACAAACAUCCUCUGAAACAGCUGCCCCAAAGACUGCUCUGCAUCCUGCCUCUGCGGUGCAAUGACCUCACUCAGCCUGUUCCCCUUGUUAUGCUCCAUCAUCGUCCUACAAGUCUGCUUUUCCAGCCAGCUGGAGGACAACAAGAUCCCUCCCAGUCUGUGCACUGGUCACCCUGGCAUCCCAGGCUCUCCUGGGAAUCAUGGCAAUCCCGGUCAGCCGGGAAGAGACGGAAGAGACGGGAGGGAUGCCGCUCCGGGAGAGAAAGGCGAGAAGGGAGACGGGGGAUAUCCAGGUGAGACAGGAGUGCGAGGCCUGACUGGAGACAAAGGCUACCAAGGAGAAAAAGGGGAGAGGGGCCAGCCAGGAGAGUGCGCAGUGGCCCCUAAAUCGGCUUUCAGUGCCAAAAUGUCUCAGAGCCACACUUUACCCCUAAAUGUUGGGGACGCAGUCGUCUUUGACACAAUACUCUUCAAUGAACAGGGGGACUACAACUCAGAGACUGGACGCUUCACCUGCAAGGUCCCUGGUGUUUACUACUUUGCGGUCCACGCCACCGUUUACCGCGCCAGCCUGCAGUUUGACCUGAUGAAGAACGGACACGCCGUGGCAUCCUACUUCCAGUUUUAUGGUAACUGGCCCAAACCGGCGUCUCUGUCAGGCGGCUCCCUGCUUCACCUCAUCCCCGGGGACCAGGUGUGGGUCCAAAUGGCCCUUUCAGAGUACAAUGGGUUUUACUGCAGCACCAAGACUGACAGCACCUUCACUGGCUUUCUGGUCUACUCAGACUGGAAAAACUCUGCAGUUUUUGCAUGAGACGUGUGUAAAACACAAGCCACACCCACAGUGGCAAAAGAAAAACAACUUUGUUUUUUACUUUUCCACUUUUUGCUUUUUGUGGAUGAGAAGCUCUGCUUGAAGAAAAACUAAUUGGCAGAGGGGCCUCCUGUCUUAUUCGGCUGCAUGAGCCGUGUUUUUACUUGAACUGUAAAUAACGUACAGAUGAUGACAUUUAAUUUCACAUACGUUCCCACACUGGCUUCUGGAAAGACCCCGGCCUUAAAUUCAAAUAGCUUUCAUGCCAUCACUGCACUGCAUAAAAUGAAACAUUAAUAAAUCUGUAAACCACA